CUGACUACGGCUUCCAAAUGCGAAAAGAUCUCGGAGAGUGACUUUUUUCAAGCUUGCUCCGUCCGAGGAAAAUAAUGAAUGCAGCUUAUUUUUUAAGCAAUACGGAUUCUCUCUUGACUUAAAUAUGUAUUUUAAGACGUGCCCUAUUUAACGUUGGUGCUGCAUUACUGUCCGUGUCUCUCCCUAUGCACCAUUUUUCUAGGAUUCACACCCUCCAUCUUCUCUCAUCCCUGGUGAUUCAACGCGUUAUGAUGUGAUACUGGAACAUCAGUGAGCCAGUGUCUGGGAGAGUGGGGUAGAGCAUGGGAUUGGCCCCCGGAGACAGGAACCACACUCUUAUUCCUGAGGCUCCGAGGUCUCUGGCCCCUUAGGGCACACAAUAGAGAGCGAGCAGCUCUGAGGUAAAUUGCGGAGCGGGACUGAACGGCAUCAUUACUGACCUUUCUGCACAUUGUUUAGCCAGCCUCACCGGUGGUGAUGGAGUCUGAGGAGCCAGAGCUGAGGGAGUGUGAUGAAGCCUUUGAGUCAGAUGAAGGCAAUGUAGAGUCUUACCUGGAAGAGCCAGAGAGCAGCAGGGAGCUCCUGGAGAGGCUCAAGGAGCUGGAGGCUGAGAAUUCAGCCCUGGCCCUUGCGAAUGAAAGCCAGAGAGAAGCCUAUGAAAGGUGUCUGGAUGAGGUGGCCAACCAUGUGGUACAGGCUCUUCUGAAUCAAAAGGACCUGCGGGAGGAGUGUAUUAAGCUGAAGAUGCGUGUGUUUGACCUGGAGAGACAGAACAUAACCCUGACUGAGCUCUUUGCCCAGAAACCACACCCCCAGGCCAGCCAUCUGCAGCAGUUGGUGUCUGUCACAGAGCCCAGCACAGAGCCCAGCACAGAGCCCAGCACAGAGCCCAGCACAGAGCCCAGCACAGAGCCCAGCACAGAGCCCAGCACAGAGCCCCUGACCAUGGACAGUGACAAAUUGCUGGUGUCCAAAAACCAGGGGGAACUAAAGAGCAAUGGGGACCGCACACAGAACGGGUCAGCCGCAUUGGCCCGGGCCCCUGCCACCUCCAUGGAGGCCCUGUCUCCGUUUUUCAAGAAGAAAGCACACAUCCUAGAGGUCCUGCGCAAGCUGGAGGAGUCAGACCCACUCAAGUUCCACCCCUCCUCCUGCCUGUCCCCCCACCAUAACCUGGGCCAGGUGCCGGUCUCCAUGGAGAGAGACCAGAUAUCCCUGAUGUCCUCUGAGGCAUUACCUGCCCCACAGCGCCCGGUGGCACACCCAUCGUCACGCUGCCACCACUCCAGCUCUGACUCGGACAUUCACGAUUAUGCCAAUGGAGAAGGGGCUCUCCAGGAGGACCAUGCCCAGCUUCAGCAACAACAACACGGGAGAUGUCAGUCCUGCCACAUACUCUCCCAGAAGAGCAGCCUGGACAGCCUGCUGAAGUGUGCCCAGGGCCACGGUGCCUCACACCAGGCCAGAGUGGAGAUCCUUAACAGGCAGGCCUGUGCAGAGGACCAGGGGGCAUCGGCACAGAGCACAACCCCUCCCCAAGCAGCGGCUUUUUCCCACCUCCUCUCUGCUGACAGCACAAACCAGUGCUACAUGCGCAAAACAGCUUUGGACUUUCUAGAGCGCACUCCAGAAGGUCUGGGUUCUUCUGAUCCUUUCCUCUCCUUGCUAAGCCAAGACAACCUUUAUGGGAUGCUAGGUCAGGACCCCAGGAAGUUACAAAAACACACAGACAAGCAUCCGUCCGGCAAACCUCCGCCUCAGGCGGAGGUACAGCCCUCUCACGGUGAGGAUAUAAAGCACAUAAAGGCUGUCAUGGCAACGUCGCAGAGCCAGAACGAGGACAGUUUGGAAGAGUGCUGCUACCUGGAAGUAGAGGCAGCGGCACACAAUGUGAACAACAGCCUGCACUCUUCUACCUCACACACAGACCAUGUUGAGACGGAACCAGGAUAUCUCAAGGAGCAGGAAGUGAGUGAUCAGAUCUGCAACGGGCUCUACUUCUCCAAUGAAACGUCUGUCUCCAAGAAGGUGACGGUGGAAUCUUACUCUCCAGCCCCAGUGCCUGAGAGGAACAGCUCAGCUCAGGCCCUGAAUCCCUCUGGGAAGAGCAAGCUUGCACUCAGCCCCACCUCUCCCUCUUCAGGUCUGAGUGAAGUCAAGCCCUCCCCUAUCUCCUCCCCGUCCCGGCUGCUCAAGUUCCUGAAGAUCCCUCCGGGGAUCAACCAGGCACAACCAGGCAACCCCCUCCGUCUAAGUCCCCAGCUCACCCGCAGCUCCAAGAUCCCCUGCAGGAACAACAACUAUGAGGUGUACCACUCUCCCGUCCUGACCCGCAAAGCCACCACCACAGAGAGGGAGAAGCAGCCAUCCUCAUCCUCCUCCAAAACAGACCCCUACCCUGCCACACACUCCGCCCCCACCUCCCCACCCAAAUCAGAGGACAUUGUGGACACCCCUCCCAUGGCCAAGGAGAUUAUUUUCAGCAGCCACUUUGCGCCCAAACUCAGCGAUAGCACAAAGGCACCCCCCUCCUCUCAUGCACAAAGGGGCUCUCAGAAGGUACCCCAAUACGAGAAUGUCUGCCCCUCAGAUGGGACGCCCCAGUUCCUGGAGGGUCUUAAGAAGUCCCAGUACCUCCCUUACCCCCAACACGAGGGUCCUGUAGAGAAGCAUUGUCAGCAAGAUGAGAGCCUCCUCAGCCCCCCGUCUUCACAGCACCCUGACUCGUCCCCAGGGACGGCUGACCAGCUAUUCUCUGACCAGGACACUGACUCAGAAAGCCCCGUCUGGCACAAGCCAAACCAACACUUCAGCCUCCCCUCCUCAUCCUCCUCCGCCGCCAGUAAAGCACAAAGUAGUCACCCCAGCUACUCCAGCAUGAGGGACAGGCACCAGGAGCACCGUGCAGCUCCAGAGGCCAGCCAACAGAACUGUGAACCUGCCCAGCCAACUCAGUCUUCAGCCAGGCGAGAUGACCCCAAGAGACUGGUGCAGGGCAAGACUUCCCAGAGUGAGUCCAGUCACCACCCCUUCAAAGAGCGCCUGGCUGCUUUGGGGAAACUGAAGAGCACAGAAGAUCUGCCAGUAGGUGCACAGUCUGUGGACAAGAAGGAUGUACAAAGUAACCUAGGCAAACCCCCCACCAACAAUAUUGAGAAAAGCAAGACCACUGAAAGGCAAGGUGAGCGAACUGGAGCAGAGCAGCACAGAAAUCAGAAAUCCACGGAUUCCGUGGAUGGGAAGCCCUACCCCAAAACCAGCCUUGGCAGUCACACUAGGGUGAUUGGUCCAAUACAUGAAUCGGGCACCAAAUCCUCAGCCACCCAAUCAAUGAUACCCAAGGGAGAGCAGGAGACACCGUUUUCUCCCAGGAUAUAUGUAGCAAAAGCAGAGGGUCCAAAGAUCAAGAUGGGCACAUCAUCCUCCAACACAGAGACUGCUCCAGUGGUGCGGAGCUAUGGGAAAUGCCCCAUCACCCAGAGCCACCACAGUAAAACUGCCCCCAGCCCACAAAACAGCCCCACUAAAGUCCCGUCAAAGUCCCCUUCAAAGGUAGGUCAAGCUUCCUCUUAUCCCAGAGGGGUCAAACCCAUUCCUGAGGACCGUGCCCUGGCUCAGAGAAACCCACUUCGGCCAGAGGACAAAACCAAGCUCCCAGCCGGCAAGAAGAAGACCUUUGGCCAUGCAGAGAGCUUCCCGCCUCCCCCUCUGCCACCACGGCCAUCUACUGAAGCCAUCGCAAAAGAGGAUAAAAAGCAGUACUCGUCUGGCCCACCCGUGCUCCAGUCUGCCAUUGAGCAGAAGGUAAUGCGUGGCAUCGAGGAAAACAUGCUGAAGCUGCAGGAGCAGGACCAGGGCCAGGUGGCCGAGCCAAAGCAGAAGGCCUCCAAUGGCAUCGCCAACUGGUUCGGCCUGAGGAAGAGCAAGCUCCCCGCCCUCAACCGCAAACCGGAAGUGUCCAAGUUCAAGAUCAACAUGUCCUCAUCUCUUUCGUCAUCGUCUGCCUCUGGCGGAGGGGCUAAGGACCCUAAGACAGGUGGUCCCCAGAAGGUGGUGGAGAGCCUGAACAUCUCCAAGCUGAUGGAGAAAGCAGAGGACCUGCGGAAGGCGCUGGAAGAGGAGCGGGCAUAUGUGAACAGGGUCGGGAUGGACCGCUCUGGCAGAGGCCACUCAUGUGAGGUGGUGAUGGACCAGGCCCAAGGCCAACUGUCACUCAUGUGCAGAGGAUUGACCGCAGAGAACUUCAUGCAGCAGCUCCUCAACAGUCCCUCGACGUCUUGUUCUGGAAACAGGGUGGACGAGAGGGGAGCUAUACCUACCACCUUUGGAAUGACACACAGACGCCUCUCCUUUGACUCUAAGAGGUCGCGGCCCAACUUCAGUCACCAGAGGAACGGGAUCAGCCACACCAAGAGCAAGGACGAGAUAGCCCAGGGUUCGGUUAUGAUCGGCAAGGAUGAGGUCACAUCAGAAAACAGCUUGGGAGAGUCCAUUAGUUCUCAGCAUUUUACAGGUUCUGGGGCCUCCAUGCGCACCCUCGACAGUGGCAUUGGCACGUUCCCCAUGCCAGACUACGCCAGUAGCAUGGCAGGGAAGAGCAUCCCUAAGGGGAAGCCACAGGGAGAGCAAGGGUUUUCUUGCUCCCAGGGUAAGCAUGGGGCCAUGAUGAAGGUUCCGCGUAAGGCCCAUACACUGGAGAGAGAGCUGUCAUCUCUGGAUGAAGUCAACCCGUUUGUCCUGUAUGGCUCAGGGCUGGAGGGAAAAGGUACCAACAUGCAACUGUCCAGUACAAUCCACGAGGAUAUAGAUGCCUAUGGAGCUCAUAUGCAAAAUCCCCUCACCAAGAACUGGACCUUUUCCAAUCUGAAAGGCUCUGCGGGAGCCACUGAUGUUUACCUGGAUGUGCAGGGAGACCUGGGGACCCCAUCCAGAAGGAGUUUGAAACAGUGUUCCCCCCAGCGCCCCCUGGCCACUGACCCAGGCAGCCUCCCCCUGCCACUCCAGACAGGGCUUAACCAGCGGGGUAAGGGGCGGAUGCCCAGCGCCUCGGAGGUGGGGAAGGACGGAGGGCUGGAGCUGGUGAAGGAGAGACCAGAGGACCUCCUGUCCCUGAGAGAGACGCCUGAAUCCCUCAGUGACUCCCUCUACGACAGCCUGUCCUCCUGUGGCAGCCAGGGCUAGGACCCAGGGACAGAUAGGGGAACAGAGGGAGAGAUGGACCAACCGACACCCUUUAAACCACGGCUAAUGAUGCACAUCCAUCCCUCCUUGUAAUGGUGGCCCAGCCCAUAAGGCAGACCAAGUUGAAGUACCUCCUUCCCUCUUCCACACACACAGCUCUCUCUGCUGACCCUGUCUACUUUGCUGAGAUUUGGUUAGUACUGCUGGAAAACUCACCCUCAGGUUGACUGAUGUUCACACACACACACAUCCUUUGUGGAACUAGACUGAGAAUUGGGCACUGUUGUUCUCCAAGCAACAAGCAUCUGAUGACAGACCAGCUCAACUCAAAUGUGUACACACACCGACGAGAUGCAUGGGAAAAUAACACGUUCAAGACAGCCACACGAUCACCAUGGUCUGGAUAAUCUGAAGAAUUGUUGUUAAAUAAUUUAACCAGGCUCCUGAGGUCGGCCCCAAGAAGUGGCUGGUAUCAGGGGUUUUUCAAGUCUGUCCUGGAUGUGGACAUGUUUCAGUCUAGGAAAAUUGGGCAGCCAUUAAUGCCAGAAAACAACCACAUUUUACUGCCCACUAAAUAUGUUGCAAUGUGGGGAUCGACUAUAAUAAACUUCCCUGUUUUCAGUUAUGUUUUGUUUUUUUACCUGUUGUGCUUUGUUACAUGUUAUGUAUCAUGUAAUUUUAAGUAAAAUAAAAAAGUAUGGGUAUGAAUGGAAGGAUGUGUGUAUGUGAGUGAGACUUAAUGCAGGGUCUCCACACUAGCUAUGACUAUGUCAAUGAGCUUCUGACCAGGGGAAAGAAGUUCACACUUUCUCUGAAGCUGCCAUAUAGUGUACUGUUUCACAACCUACUGUAACACAUAGUGGCAGAUCAUGACAACAGCCAUUAUAUUACACUUAUGACCAGACAUUACCUAGUAGUGUAUGUGUUAUGGACAAUGAAAUGCGAAGAAUCUCAACCAAGAGUCAAAUGUUUUACAUGUGUUUAAUGCAUUGUCAGACUGUUUUACGUAGUGAAACAUUUGUCAGGAAUAAUGCCAUUAUAACAGCAUUAUAUAGGCAGCCUGUGAAUGCAUCAUUAACAAUGGAGGUCUAAACUGAGCUGCUAUUUAAUACUCAAAAUAGUUUGACAAGCUGAAAGACUAAAUAAGUGACACGAUCCAUCCACCUUUUAUAUACUAUUAACUGAGUUGGCAUACAUGAGCCAGGAUUCAAUUUAAGACGAGUUAAAGAACAGCGUACUUUAACAGACUUUUUAAAGGUCAUUUGUGCUUAACCUGACAUGCACAGUGUUUCCCAUGAAUGCGAUCUAUGUGAAUGUCUGGGGAAAAUGCCUUUAAAAGGCUCAUUGUCGGCUGUUUAGUCCACUGCUCUAUAACGCACCCUGCCAAAAGUCUCGUUUGGCACAGGUUCCAUAUUUAUCCUGCCAGAAACGAUUGAACCGAUAACUCUACUUUAUUUAAAUUGCUCCACUAAAGCAAAAAGAUGGAUGUAGGCCUUCCUUGUGAAGAAGUAACGAUCCAGCCCCACUGAACGUAGAGUAGUUGUGAAGAAGUAACGAUCCAGCCCCACUGAACGUAGAGUAGUUGCUUACUUCCUUUAACAGGCACAGACAGACACGCAUUCAAUCCAUUUACUGUUGUACAAUUAAGAAAGACAAAAUGUCUGUGCUAUAGGAAUGUUCGACAUGGAUCAUUGUACGAUCACCAUUGCUGUACUGCAGAUGCUACCCCAUGAUGUACACACAAGUGUUUUGGCAGGCUUACAGAUGGAAGAGUAUGGUUUCUAAACACAUUUAGCAUUCGUAAGAAUCAGAGGUUAUCCUAAUGGAGAAGUGCUGUAUUUAAAUUUAUUUCCUAAAGUGCACUACUCUGGUUAAAAGUAGUGCGCUAUAUAGGAAAUGUGGUUCCAUUUGGAAUGCACCCCUUGUUUAAACAGCCACUUCAGAACAGCACCAAGAGACACUAAGAAGGACAUGGACUCCUCCCUCCCUCCCAGCCCAUGUACUUGAUUAUGUCCUCAUAAGUAGUUCCAUCCGCUUCAUAAGUCCCCACAAACUUCUUCAGGGAUAAGACAUCCUUGUGCUUCCAAACUCUGCUUUCAGAAGCAUGUGAUCUUUCCAAACUGACAUGGAUUUGACUUUUCUCGUUCACAUUUUUUCAUAAUCCCACUUUGAACAUUGCUUGUCCUUCAGCCCCCCUCGGAGUUAACAUAAUAACUACUGUGUUAUACCAUGGAAAUGGAGAUCUGACUGUUACUGUAUAUACACUUCUCUGUGAGAACAGAUUUGAGUUGAAGAGGUUGUCUUCCAGGAUAUGUGCUGCCGGUCCACCCUUUCAACCCCAUCUGAAUCAUGGCUAAAGGAAAACAAGUGUGUGACAUGAAGCCCAUUCUCUUUUUUACAAUCAUCUCAUAAUUCAAAUGUUUCCAUGGGACAUAUUUAACACAAUCAUUUUGUCUUGGAUCACUGUGUUCUACGUUGCGACCAAACCAUAUACAACUAAAUAAUAACUAACCAACUACAGUACUUCAGAUGGUAGCAUUUUUCAUUCCAUUGGAAGUAACUGGGAGAGCCAUAGGUAGCCAGCUACAUGUUAACACCAUGGUAACACACGUCAUCUAUCUGCAGGGAAGCCUUUAUGGACUCCCUCUGUGUCAGUCAAACAUGGGUCUUAGCAACACCAUACACCUUAACUAUGGCAAUGCUGACCAGGAUGGAGUGGCAUAGAGGUGAAAUCUCUACUUAAUAUGUUUGCUUUAUGGACUCAAUUUACGUCACUUCAUUCAAAGAGGUUGUUGCAGCUAUCUAUUUGUUGUAUUUAUUUAUUUAUUUUUGAGGGCAAAUCAUAAUCAAUGAACUGUUUGUUAUUGUUGAUGUCGUUGACAUUGUUGUUAUAGACGUUUUUAUUCUGAUACCGAUUUAUUUUUGUACUAUAGUCUUAUUUAAUUAAAGUUAUUUUUUUUCCAUGAGAGGUCUGUGUUUGGUGUUCUGUUUUCUGGGGUAUUCUCAUGUUAUUACUCUGAUUUGGUAAAUAGUAUUUCAAGUGAUGUGUAUAUACCAUUUCCACUUAAAUGAAGCUUAAUAAAGCUUAAACUUAAAAUAGA